AUGACGUGCUUCGUCGCUAUUCGGUGCCAGACCGAAAACGAUUCCGAUCCGAGUUGCGCCUCAGAAACGGGUUGCCUUGCAAAUGCAGAUUGCCAAUGUCCAACUCGGAUCCCGCCCGGAGGCUAUGCACCUGCUGAAAUUCCCCAACAUGAUUACACCAAUUAUUCCUUGGUGCACGAUUUGUGGAGAAUGGGACAUGAACUCGGAUCGCAUUCAAUGACCCAUAAAGUUCCUGCUGAAAGUUGGGCGGAUAUGCCCCUGGAGGAAUACACCAAGGAAAUGGUUGGUUUGCGUUUGGUCACCGAGGAAUACGCACGGAUUCCACCAGGUCAAAUAACUGGCGUGCGAGCACCUUUUCUACAAAUGAACGGAAACAAUUACACACAAAUGAUACGAGAUAACGGAUUCACGUACGAUGCUUCUCGCCCGACGAGGCAGCAAAUGGACACCGGAAUUUGGCCGUACACCUACGAUUUCGUCUACCAAGAGAACCUUUUCUUGGAUUGCCCGAUCCCACCGUGUCCAAGUGAUGCUUUCCCCGGAAUUUGGCAAGUUCCCAUCAACGAUUUGAACGACACCAAGGGAAUUGAGUGCGCCAUGUUGGAUCAGUGCAGUGGCAGACCGGAGAGUGAAGCGGAAGCAUUGGAAUUGCUAGGGGCAAAUUUCUACCGUCAUUACAAUGGCAACAGGACACCAUUUAAUUUGUUCACUCACGCCAGUUGGUUCCAGGGUGAUUGGACACACAACUUCGACGCAUUGCAAAAAUGGAUUGACGAAGUGUUGACCAUGGGCGAUGUUUACAUUGUGCCUGCGAGGACUGCAGUGGCAUUCAUGAAAGAACCCAUCGACUCAGAACUAGCUAGCGUGGGUGCGGGUCCCCUGUACACUUGCGGUGGCGUGAUUCCGAACAGGGAUUGCAGACUGGGUCCCCCUUGCGACUAUUGCGAUCCGACCGGAAAGGGAAGUGCUCGUCUGCCAGCGGAAGUGAUCAUGGCAGUUUGCGGCAAUUGCCCUCCCUGCUUCCCGACCCCGGACGAUCCCAUCGGGAUGGAAUGCGCUGGCGAGAACCCGUACCCGAGGUGUCCGGCGAGAGAUUGAUGACUCUGUUGUUUUCCACCCUCGGUAAAGUGAUUUUGAUUUCCGGCAUUAUAUUGCUUUGUUUCGGGAAAAAAAAGAAGAGUUGCAAACCAUCACGCGUGUGCAAGGGUGAAAACGAUGAAUUCCGCUACACAUGUUUCUUCUUUUUUAUUACCGUGAUCCAGGAAGCCAAUGUCACGAUUACACGAAUGCAUGGAGAUUAAAUAAUGACAUGGAAAUUCACAAUGUACAAUAAAAUACUGUACUGCGCAGCAUCCCGACAAACAACCGUCUCGAAUAACGACCCGCAAUCUCUGAGGAGUCUGCAAACGAGUUUAAGGAAUGAUGCAUUUUCAAAAAACGGAAAAAAGAGUUGCAAAUUGAGGUUAAACGAAAUUAUCUUCAGCCUUUUAAGAUAGUGGUCUUCGUUCUGAGGAAAACCAAGGCUGUUCAAAUGUGGCUACCACUUUAUUGGGAAGUCUGUAAAUUGUACAGUAUUAAAAUCCAAAAAAUUGAAGUUGACGUUUCUCUUGGAUGUUGAGUAGAUACGAAGACUUUGAAAUAAUAAGAUUUUAUAAGCGGGUUAUAUACUGUACCAGCUGUACUUCAUUUCAGCACGAC